AUGCUCCCAGGUAUCGCAGGCCCAGUGUACAUGGACAGAAAUGGCGAGAGAGAUCCUGAUUAUGUGAUUCAAACUCUCAUCGAUGACCGAUUUGAAGACAUCGCGUAUUACACUCGAUACAACGACAAUUUUACUAUCAGGGAGGGUGUGACCAUCGUUUGGCCAGGAGGGGUAACGACUGCACCGAAUGAUAGUCCCGAGUGCGGAUGGGACGGGGAGCUUUGUUUAACAGACAGCCAGGACAGCACGACUUAUAUCAUCAUAGCUUGCUGUACUGUGUUUGGAUUUGUCUUUGUCACCAUGGUUUUUGUCUUCGUUUACAGGAAGCUGAUAUUCGAGCUGGAUCUUGCCCAGAAUCAAACUUGGAAGGUCAAAUUAGAGGACAUUGUAUUCCGGGACACUGUUAACCUGUUUGAGACCUCGAACAUGAACCUGGGUUCACUUAGGAGCAUGAAGUCUCAGCUAAUAGUAACUCGCCCCAGUCGCCCCAGUCGCCUCAGUAGCGUCGGCAGCACUAAGUCAUGUGCUAGCUUAAAGUCAGCUGACACGCAGUGCUCAGCCAGAUGGAGCUUGCACGAACAGGUCUUCUCAUCUGGCUUUACCAACAUCGCUUUUAAUAAGGGAGAGCUUGUUGUGGUUAAACACACUAAAAAGAAGGAUCUGAGAAUUUCCCGUAAAAUCCUGAUUGAAGUUAAACAGGCACGAGAACUACGCCAUGAGAACAUUAAUCCCUUUAUCGGAAUCUGCAUCGACUCGCCUCAGGUCAUGAUUCUCUCCAAGUACUUGAAACGAGGCAGUCUUCAGGAUCUUUUGGAAAAUGAAGACUUCAAGCUGGAAGAAAUUUUUAUCCUUUCCUUGGUUCGCGAUGUCGCAACGGGAAUGAUGGUGUUGCAUAAUAGUCCAGUGCAAGUGCAUGGUCGUCUCAAGUCCUCUAACUGCCUGAUUGAUUCGCGUUGGGUAUGCAAGAUUGGAGACUGGGGACUAAGUGAGCUUCGGUCACCAUUAGACCGCUGUCAAUUGCAAGAAGGGUCUGAGAAAUACAAUGAUAUGUUGUGGUGUGCUCCUGAACAUAUCAGUGAUGGCGAAAUGGACCACAGGGGAUCCCAGAAAGGAGACGUGUACAGCUAUGGUAUUAUUCUACAGGAAAUUGCCAUCAGAAAACCACCGUACAGCAUGUACACGUUUGAGCCUCAAGAGAUCAUUGCCCGUGUCAUGGCCCAUGAAGAUCCUCCAUUUCGCCCCGUGGUCGAGGAAAACGCCUGCAAAUCGGAAUUGCAGUCCCUUAUGACGCAGUGCUGGGAUGAUGAUCCUGACCGAAGGCCUCAUUUUAAUAAGAUCCUGGAUAGGCUCCGUAAAGUCAUGGGCAGGGACGUGAACAUUAUGGAUAACAUCAUGGCUCUUAUUGAGAGGCAUGCUGAAAAUUUGGAGGCACUGGUUGAGGAAAGAACACUGUUGUUGAUGGAAGAGAAGAAGAAAACAGACAAACUUCUUUAUAAAAUGCUACCAGUUGCUGUUGCAGAGCAGCUGAAGCUUGGUAAGCCUGUGACUCCAGAGUACUUCGACGAGGUCACGAUAUAUUUCAGUGAAAUAAUGGCGUUCAUUGAUCUGGCUUCAGAAAGCACACCAAUGGAGAUUGUUGCAUUUUUAAAUGACUUGUAUCUUGCUCUGGACAAUAUUCUUGGAAACUACGAUGUUUUCAAGGUAGAAACAAUCGGUGAUUGUUUGUUGGUGGUGUCAGGCCUGCCAGUCAGGAAUGGUAACCGCCAUGCGGGAGAGAUUGCAGACAUGGCGUUUGACAUUCUGAGUCUGAUGACUCACUUCAAGAUUCGGCACAGGCCACGGAUGAAGCUGCAGCUCAGGGUUGGACUGCACAGCGGCUCCUGUGUAGCAGGUGUAGUCGGAAUCCACAUGCCACGGUUCUGUUUGUUUGGUGACACAGUAAACGUGGCAUCAAGGGUGGAGACCACUGGCCAGGCUCUCAAGAUCCACGUGAGUGAAGACUGUUACAGACUUUUGAAGGAAAUUGGAGGAUACACAUUUCUGAAGCGAGGCGAGGUUUAUCUCAAGGGACGUGGUUUUUGGAAAACAUAUUGGCUGAUUGGCAAAGAGGGAUUCAACAAGCCACUGCCUCACGCUAUGACGGCGAACUCAGAACCAUCUGUUGAAACUUUGAACAUUUACUACGCAAGUUAA